UUUCUAGCCAUUGAGAAUUUUCCUGAUCACAGAGGGGCAAUGGUGGAGAAUGGAUUUAGGCUGGUGGAUGAUCCACAUAUUCUUGCUAUUGCCAGCUCUGGACUCAGGGGGUGGCUUAGAAUCUAGUGUGGUCUCAGGCAAUGGUGUGGUAGAAGAAUCUCAGACCCGUGAUGUGCCUUUGGAAGCAAAUGGUGCUAUUGAAGAAUCUCAUCCCCUUGAUACCCUCCCUGAGACAAAUAAGAAGCAUAUACUUGUAAAGAAGAAGGACAAUGCAUUUGGUGUGAAUGAUCGCAAUCGCCUUCAUGGCCUUGACACUUCCAUUAUCCGUCCACCUCUGGAAGAAGAUUACACUAGGUGCAGGAAGAAGACAACCUGUAUCCUCAUUCCUCCACUUAUGAAGACAUGUUUUGGAACACGAUUGCCUUAUAAUUACACAUCAUCUGAUCUUAUUCAAGGGCUGUCUUUCCAUGAUAUCCAGCAUCAACUAAAACAAUGGGAAGCAGUAGAGAGCAUUCCCAAGUGUUGGGCAAGCCUCCAACCCUUCCUCUGUUCUGUCUACCUGCCUCGCUGUGAUCCUGAAGGAGAUGUCCCAUCAUCUUCAUUGUAUAAAGUGCCUGGCAUGGUGCACCUGCCAUCAUUGGAGAUGUGCCGUGCCACUCGUAGUCCAUGUCGAGCUGUGGAGCAGCUGCAUGGAUGGCUUGAUUUCCUCACCUGUGAGCAAAUGGGUCAACCACGGUUUCCUUCAUUGUGUAAAAACCCUGUCAGAGAGCUGAGCUUCAACAGGACUGGACAUUGUCCUCCAUUGAUGGUGAGAACUGAGAAGGAAGACCUGUGGACCCCUCUUGUGGAUGGAUGUGGACGUCAAUGUCAAAAUCCCUUGUUCACUAAUGAAGAACAUGAGUCAAUCCAUUAUUUUAUCUCAGUUGCAGCUGGUCUAUCUCUUGCAGCUAACAUUUUUACUGUGCUGACAUUCCUCAUUGAUUGGCGGUCAGGAAACAGAUAUCCAGCACUGCUGAUACUAUACUUGAACAUUUGUUGGGCAGCAAUAUCUACUGGUUGGCUUGUACAGUUUUCAUCUGAAACUGCUCGUGAUCGGAUUGUCUGCUUACCUGAUGGCUCACCACGUCUUGGAGCUCCCAGCACUGAAGAGAACACCCUCUGCUUUUUGGUGUUUGUGCUUGUCUACUACUUCCUGAUUGCCGGACUGGUCUGGUUUGUGAUCCUUUCCUACGCGUGGUUCGUAUCUUUCCGUGCCCUGGGAAAGGUCAAGGAAGAGAUGCAUGGAAAAGGAGCAUAUUUCCACCUGACUGCUUGGUCCAUCCCACUUGUACUCACCAUCACUGUUCUUGCCAUGGGUCAAGUUGAUGGAGACUCCUUGACUGGGAUCUGUUUCCUCACACUUGUCAUCCCAUCCUAUGGGAUCAUUUUCCUUUUGGUUCCACUCAUGGCUGCUCUUCUUAUUGGAGGCUUCUUCCUCUCCAGAUGUCUGUGGUUGUUGGUGAGGCUGAAAGCAACUGGUAGGGAACUAAUGCCUGAGAAAGCAGCCACCAAGAUCAAGGAAACAAUUAUUCGGAUGAUGAUCUUUCUGAUUGGAGCAGUGGGGUUUGUGGCUUUUGCAUUUUAUCAUCGAUUGAAGGAUUGGGAACUUCAGUCAUCUUGGAAGGAUACAUUCAUCAACCACAUCAUAUGUCGUGUGAAUGAGACUGCUCACGAAUUGGUGAAUUCCUGGGGCAGUCCUAGUCAGACGUGUGCAAUGGGACCAAGGCCAAGCCUCUUCUUGAUGAAGCUGGACAUAGUCUCCCUCUUCUGCAUGGGCAUCCUGCUUGGCUCUUGGGUGUGGACAAGGGCAUCCUUGGGUGCAUGGCAUCGUUUCUGGCAACGCUUGUCUGGACAAGAACCACAGGAGCCUCCUCGUCUGAAGAAGCAUCGCAUGAUUGCCCAGGCUUUUGCUAAGAGACAUGAUCUGCACUAUGCUGGCCGCCUCUCCAUCUCCUUCCAUCAGAGUUUCCAGGAUCCUGUUGGCCUGGAUUUUGACCUGGAUAAUGUUAAUAGUGGGGAGGACAUUUCAUCUGCAUGGGCUGCAGCCAUACCACAGUUUUUGCAGAGAAGAGGAGCCCUGGCCGGAGCAGCAGUGUUCUCACGUCGAGGGUCCUUGGAAUCUGAGCAAUCCCGUCGCUGGUCGUUUGAAUCACGUUUGUCACGCCGACAGAGCCUGGAUUCUCAAGUCUCUGGUUCAGAAAUGGAAGUCGGUCGUCGGAGAGAGAAACGUAGAUUUUUCUUCCGCAAGAGGUCCUCCUUCACUUCUCAAGAUUCCCAUUACUCUUCUCAAGUUCUCCCUCCUCUGACUGUUGGAGACCUUGAAACACCUCUCCAGGGGACUCCACAGAUGAGCACUAAUCACAAGCAUCAUCGAGGGAGGACCAAAUUACAGGUCACCUCCCCAGAAGGUGAAGAUCUGAUUCGUCGCCUGGAGAAACUUGCUGCUUCCAUCGACCCGACGAUAUCUUCCAACCUGACCGACAUGGCUGUGCAGACAUCCCAGCCAGACAUACGGGUCCAUCUCCGGGAGAUGGGGACUCAGAUGAGCCCCAAGCACAGUCUGGAGCAACUGGCUGAGGUCGAGCCUCUCCUUCCUGAUGAAAAUGUGAUUUUAUAUCCUCUGACUACAUUGAAAGUGUCUCGUGUUUCUUCUGAAGAAGGAAAGGAGGCCUCUGAUUCGCUCUGA